AUAUCCAAUAGGAGCAUUGGCGAUCCUUAGCGCACGGUCGUUGUCAGCAUCAUGGUCGUCUUCAUUUUAAUUAUGAGCCCAUAUUAUUACUAAUCAAAACUUAUAUCAUCUUGCCCUUCUCAUCCGCCAUCCCCGUUGACCUCCUGUUUACCUUCUAUUGCACAUCCCACGUCUCUAGUCACGGCAAUAUCGGAUCAUGCUUCUUACUUCGGGACUCCUCAGCCCACUGGGCUUGUUGCUUGUAAGCGCGAUAGGGGCUCGCACUGCCAGUGUGCAAUACGACUCAUCAACCCCCAUAAAUCAGCGCAGCGCUCAGGAGGUCAUUGCACAACUCAAGCUCAUCCCCAAUGACGAGAAAGGCUAUUAUGUACAGACCUUUGAGGAUGCCGACUCGGUUACAAGAAGCUCAGGCAAUAGCACUCGGUCUGCCAGCACCGCCAUUUACUAUCUGCUCGAAGGCGCGGUGGGGUCGUCUUACUGGCACCGUGUCGACGCUGUCGAAGUUUGGCACUACUAUGCAGGCGCACCGCUGACUUUGUCGCUAUCAAACAACGACGGCAAGCCCCCGGUGGACAAGGUGCUUGGACCAGAUGUCUUCAACAACGAGCAGCCGCAGGUAGUCAUUCCGAAAGGGACAUGGCAAAGUGCCCUUUCAAGUGGGAAGUGGACUCUAGUUGGCACUACCGUGGCCCCAGGUUUCGUCCCAGAUGGCGUAGAACUUGCACCACCUGAUUGGAAACCGGAUGGAGCAUAAGGAUAGGAUAUCUCAUAUAAAUGUCACAGAAUUAGCAUCGGAGUUUACAUCAUAUAUUUUUACGCCAACUAUUCGCAUACAUUUAGCUUUUGUGCCUACUUAUCUGACACUAGGUGUUUUACAAAAUGCAAACAAUUUACUUUAGCUCUUAUUAGUCUCUUAAUCCUCUUAUAUAAGAAACCGCUAUUAGCAACGGGCUAUUCGCCUCAUGCCUAUUAAUAAGAC